AUGUGGCCAGCCGGCGCGGGCACCAAGCUGCCCUGUCCCCGGGACUCCGCGCUCCGGCGGGCGGCGUUCUCCGGGAACCUUACCGCCCUGCCUUCUCACCUCGUACCCGCCGGCCGCAGCGUCAGAGUGUUCAUCAGCGCCAACCCUGAAGACACAGGAGCAGAACGGCAGGCACUAAGAGAAACUGUGUAUCCCAAACUACGAGAAUUUUGCAGAGAAAACUACGGAUUGGAAUUCCAGGUCAUAGAUCUGUACUGGGGAGUUGAUGAGGAUGAAUGGGACAGCCCCGAGCUGCAGAAGAUGCGCAUGAAGCUGCUGGAGGAGUGCCUGAAGACAUCUGCAGGUCCAUGCUUUGUUGGACUGUUAGGUGAAAAAUAUGGGAACAUUCGACUCCCGGGGGAAGUUGAAGCUUCAGAGUUUGAAAUGAUUUUGGAUGCUGCCAUUGAGGCCAAACUGGAGACAAAGUUACUGGAGGAUUGGUACUGUCGGGAUGAGAACUCAGUGCCCGCAGCCUAUUACCUCAGACCCAGGCUAGAGGUGACGAGAAACAACGAGAACUCAAUGCAGUCUUCUGCCGCUCCUGAAAACGAGAGGCCAUGGCAAGAGAUAUCAGACGAAAUCAAAACCAUCUUUAAAGCUGCCGUGAAGCUGCUCCACGAGCAGGGUAAAAUGAAGCACAGCCAGGCUAAGAGGUACCUGUUCUCAGCUAUCGAGGAUGAGUUCGACUUUGCUCUGGGCAAGCAAACUCCGGCAUUCCUGAAGAAGUGUGUGUGCUACAUCAGGAAGAUUGCAAACAUCGAGCGCUUCGUGAAAAUCCCAGAGAUGGGGAAAUACAUGGACAUAACUGGAGCGGAGCCCAGAAUCAUUCGCGACCCAGAAGCUCAGGAGAAGCUGAUAAAGCUCAGGGAUGAAUUCAUUCCUACCAUCGUGGCUUCCUCCAACCUGAGAGUAUACACGUCUGUCACUCAUUGUGACAUGAAACUGGGCUAUUCCCAGGAGAUAGAAAAUCAUUACAUAGAAGGGCUUGGUAAGCAAUUUUAUGAGGACAUGAUUGACAUAAUCCAGGCAACAGUGCAGCAGAAUUUUGAUACAGAGACUGAUACGCUGUACGAUGAAAUUCUUCAGCACUCUUCACUAUGUAAAACAUAUGCCUCCUUCUAUGAAUACAAAUGCGAAUCGCUAAACAUCUUACAUAAAUACGUCCUGCCAAGCAAGACCGGGCACAUCAACCCUCUGGUUGUGUAUGGUGGACCAUGCACUGGGAAGACUCUCCUGCUAGCUGAAGUAGCAAAAAAGGCUUAUGGCUGGCUACAUGAAGACACGGGGCCAGACGCUGACCCGGUUGUCAUCGUGAGAUUUCUAGGGACGACAGACAUGAGUAUUGAUCUGAGGACUCUCCUUCUAAGUGUUUGUGAACAACUGGCAGUCAACUACAGGUGUCUGGUUCAAAACUAUCCUAAGAAGAUCCAUGACCUUCGUGACUUAUUUAUCAACCUGUUGAAGGAGUCCUCACUGCAGAGACCCCUGGUGAUCAUAUUUGAUGCCCUAGAUGCGCUCUCGGAGAGCGACGACGCGAGGAAGCUCUGGUGGCUACCUGCUCACCUUCCCCGGUUCGUGCGGAUCGUCCUCUCCACCCUGCCCAAUAAACAUGGGAUCCUACAGAAACUAAGGUGCCUUAUCCAUGAAGAAGACAACUACAUUGAGCUGAUUCCCCGGGACAGAAAGAUGUGCAGCCAGGUCCUCAAACACCAGCUGCUGAGGGUCAAAAGGAAAGUCACGUCAGGCCAGCAGAUUUAUGUAAACAAUGCGUUCUCCAAGUGCACUCUGCCUAUGUUCGUGAACCUGACUUUCAGGGAGGUGAGACAUUGGAGGUCUCACAAGGAUGUAGAUGAAUCCUCCCUCUGUGUGACUGUCCAUGAAAGUAUAGAGCAGUUAUUCUGGUCCUUGGAGAAGAAGUGUGGUCAAAAGCUGGUCUCCAGAGCUCUGGGUUACAUCACCAUGGCCAAAAUGGGUUUGAGCGAAAUGGAACUGGAGGAUGUGUUAGCUCUAGACAACAGCGUGAUGAAUGAACUCAAUGAGAACUCCAGACCCAGCAAUCCCCUGAGAGUACCUUACCUGUACAUCGCAAGGCUCAAGGAGGGUCUCAGUGGAUACUUAAUAGAAAGGCACGUGAAGAAUGUCACACUCUUAGUCUGGGCCAACAGACACCUGCAGCUCAUAGCUCAGAAGCUGUAUCUGCAGGAGGACAGAAACCUUCGUGAGAUGCACACGAUCCUGGCUGAUUACUUCCUAGGCGUGUGGUCGGGAGGCAGGAGGAAAGCGUUCUGCCUGGAAGACCCCUACUUGAAUGGCUGCCUCGACUUAGAGAACAGAAGCCUUCUUGAGGAAGAAAAACACUUCAUGGAACAAGCAUCCUUUGACAGGCAGGCUCCGGACCAGCCCUGGGUUUUCCAGUGUAACCCACUAGAGCCUGACAUCUUUUUCGUCAAUCACCGGAAAAUGUCUGAGCUCCUGUAUCAUCUGACGAGGUGUGGGAAAACCGAUGACCUGCUUUACGGAAUCAUCAUGAACUUCAGCUGGCUUUAUACCAUGAUCAAAAUUGGCCAGUUUGACAAAGUGCUCGCGGACAUAGAACUGGCCUACAACUACUCACAAGAGAAAGAGCUAAAGUUCCUAGCCAGCACGCUCCGUGGCAUCAGAAAUAAGGUCAUCACCUUCCCAGGCUCCCUUUCCGCGGAGCUUCAGCAAAGGCUGCUGCCUGUUGUGAGUUCCCUGCCCAAACUUAGACAUCUUCUUUUAGAAUGUGACAAAGAUGGACCCAAAUACUGCUCCAUUGUUCCUCUUCAUUCAUCCAUGGACGUGACAUACAGCCCCGAGCGCCUCCCCUUAGCAGCCAGUCACCUGCACGUCACAGAGAUUCUGCCCACCUGUAACCCCAGCACGGUUCUCACAGCGUUAGAAAAUGGCUCCAUCAGCACAUGGGAUGUAGAAACUCGCCAGCUCCUCAGGCAAAUCACCACAGCCCAGUCUGUCAUCUUGGGCAUGAAGCUCACGGGUGACGAGAAGUACCUCGUGGUUGCUACAACAAACAACACCUUGCUGAUCUAUGACAAUGUCAAUUCCUGUCUUCUGUCCGAGGUGGAGAUCAAAGGGACCAAGCACGGGAGUGGCUCCACCUACAUCAACGGAUUCACACUCUCUGUCAAACAUGCCCUUGCGUGGCUGGAGGCCAGCAAAGACGUCACGGUCAUCGAUCUGCUCUACGGAUGGCCCCUUUACCAGUUCCACUGCUGGUAUGAAGUGACCUGUGUCCAGUGCUCUCUGGAUGGGGUGUAUGCUUUCUGUGGCCAGUACCUCAACAAUACCACCAUUUUCCACUUAGGGAGUGGAGAAAAGUUAUGCACCGUGACGUCAGAAUUUUCAGGUGGCUUUGUAAAGUUUCUCCUCAUCCUGGACACAGCUCAAGAGAUGGUCAUGGUGGACAGUGAGGGGAGCCUCUCUGUCUGGAAUACAGAGGACAUAUCCAACCCCCAGCUGACGGAAGACUUUGACUGCCGAAAAGAAGACAGCGAGGUGGUGAGCAUCGAACUUUCGGAGGACCAGAAUGCAAUUCUGAUCUGUAAAGCGCUGAGCAUUGAACUCUUGGACACUGGCAUGUGGAAGGUAGCUGAGAAGUUCAGGGCCAGGCACAAUGAGCGAUUUAUAUCCGCCGUGCUCUCCAAAAAUGGAGACUGUAUCAUUGCCACCAUGGAGAGUACCCCAGCCGUGUUCUUCUGGAGGCGGGACACAGGCCAGUGCAUGGCAAGCCUGCAGGAAAUCUCAGGUACCAUAGUUAAGUUGGUAAAAUCUAGUCACCACAAUAUGCUCCUGUCUUUGUCAACCAGCGGCGUUCUUUCCAUUUGGGAUAUAGACAUAAUCACAGCUAUGUCCAACAUAGAUAAAACAGGAAAGCCCAUCCAGAGUCUGGUGUUGCCUACCAGAGGGGAAAUCAUCUACUCUCUCGAUGGCUCUGACUGCGUCCACAAGUGGAACUUCAGCAGCGGGUUCAUUGAAGCAGUAUUUAAGCAUGAAGGAAUAGUUGAACAUUGUGUAUUAACAUCCGCUGGAGACAUAAUGGUGACAUCGGAUGACAAAAGCAGCCAAUACGUCUGGCACACCAGCAGCGGGGAAAACCUCUUCCGAAUCAACGGGCAGAGGAUAUCUCAGCUGCUGAUCACACAUAAUGACCAGUUUGUGGUCUCUCUGUGUGAGGAAAAUGCCUCCAGGGUUUGGAGACUGGCCACGGGCCACAGGGUCUGCAACAUCUUGACCACAUUGCAAAACGCCUUUAUCACCUCUGCAAACACCUUCGUGGUAGGAAUGACGAAAAGCAAAGUGCUGGCAGUCAGUCUUUGGACAGGGAGCAUCACCAAGAAAUUUUGCUGCGAGGAUGGAAUCACCAUUGUGAAUUUUAAGCUGAUCCCUGACUGCCCUGACAUUAUCGUGUUUAUCACAUCCGCUGAGACCGUAAACAUCUGGAGUCUGACCGAUGAAGUGAUCUGUAGACGUGUGCAGCUUCCAAGCAACUUCUUGAAAAACCUGGAGGAUUUUGAAAUUUCUCCCAAUGGGAAGCUAGGCAUUAUAUCCCGGGGAGAUGAAAAUAUCAAUGUGCUAGAUUUACACAGUGGAAAAUUGCGGGUGGUUCACGCCUCUGGGGUCAUCUGGAGGCAGAGACUCUCUCGAGAUGGUCGCUACCUGGUAUAUAUUUGUUUCCGGAACGGGGAAGAGGAGGAAGAGGAAAAUGAUGCAGUAUCUAGCUUAAUUGUAAUGAGACUGGCUGACGGCAAAAACAUCGGUGCUUGCUCCCUGUACAAAACGCCGACUUUCCUGGCGCUCUCCCAGAGGCACCUGAACAUCAUUGUCGGCUUUGACGACGGGAGUAUAGGAAUAUACACGGUUGUGGACCGCGUAGAUGCCGCGCUGAAAAUCAAAAUUGCCACCUCCAACAGCAGGCAGAUCUUCAACAAUACAACACAAACAUCCAGGCCAAAGUCGAGCAGCUACUCCUUCAAAGUGUCUGUGGACUGCCUCUGGAGAGAGUCCACUGAGGUCUUCGCGAGGGACAGCCCCAUCACGGUGAGUGACUCCUCAGAGUCCAACGAGGCAACACCCUCCAAGAAACACAACUCGUGUUACGACCGGGUGUGUGCUGCCCUAGAAUCCCGAGGCCACAGUUAUACGCCAGAUAACUGA